UCUUUGGUUAUUAAUAGACGACCAUGCAAAUCACUAAGAACCACAACACCACAAAACCAUUUCUUAUAUAGUCUCUCUGCUGCUCCAAACCCUCAUUAAUUUUCCAAGUUCUAAGCCAUCAAUAGUUCACCACUAGUUCUUGAAUCAAGAGUGAGCCUAGCCAUGUCUGAUCCGACUUUGGAGUCCAUUGUUGCAACCCAUGGCCAUGUUGACAAUUCCUUUAAUAUUGCUGUUCAUCCCCUUUUAGAGAUCGUUCAAAGCAUCAUCAACCGUUCAACCUAUGUUGUUGAACGCAACGUGGUAUAUGGAAAUAUGAAAGUUGAAGAGGAAACCGUGGAUCAUAUGUUCAAAUCACCAAACAUCAAUUUGCCAUUUUGCACACUCAAGGCCAUUAGCUGCGAGCUCUCAAUCGGCUCAUGCAAGCUUGCUGGUGAGGUGAGGGAGGAUGUUGCUCGCGAAUUAACACUGUCGAUACUGAAGAAGCUCUCAAACUGUUCAUGGGACGCAAAGGCAGUCCUAACAGUAGCUGCUUUUGCUUUGGAUUAUGGAGAAUUCUGGCAUCUGGUGGAACCUCAUCAAUCGGACCACCUCGCCAGACCAUUGGCCAUACUCAAGGGAGCGUCAGUCCUCCUGAAGAAGCCAGCUGAGCUGCAAAAAGGCCGCCAAACCAUCGCCGAGUUUAAUCGUCUUAUCAAGAGGACCCUGCAAGUUAUCCUUCUCAUCUACGAGUUGGAAACACUUUCUCGUUCUUACAGUUCUAAGGAUGUACCAGAAUUGGCAAUAGCAUCUGAAUUAAUCCCAGUGGCCGUCUAUUGGGUUAUCCGUACUACUCUUGCUUGUACAACUAAUAUCGCAAUCUUCAUUAGUAAAGAUCAUGAGGACAAGUCUGCUGGUGACCUUGAUCUGUUAGUCUCUUCUGUUCAAAAGAUCAACCGCAUGGCCGAUGACCUCAACUUUCAUAUUUCAAAUUGCAAGAAACAAAUAGUGCCUAUUGACACCCACGUGUUGCUCGUGAAACUUUUUCAUAGGACACCCUUCAGAAUCAAUGAAGUUUUAAAAGCAAUGAUUUUCGGCAACAAUAUUGAGCGCAUCAAAAAAUAUGAAGCUCAAACUUAUGAGGCGUUGAUUAAUAUUGCGGAAGGCCUAGAGGGGAAGAAGGUGUUGUGGUUCUUUUCAAACGUAGACGUCUCUGAUGAUUUUAUUACCAAGGUUAUCAUACCAAAUGGUGAAAAAAUAAAGAAAGAAAUAAUUGAACAGUACCAGAUUGUGUGGAUCCCCAUUGUCUACGAGUGGACGAAUGAAGCAAAGGUGAAGUUUAACCAGCUGGUUAAGAAUAAACCAUGGUUUCCUGUUCAAUACUUCUCCCUCAUAGCAGGUAUCAGUUUCAUCAAGAUCGAGUGGCAAUUCAAGAAUAAGCCUAUGGUUGUGGUGACCAGCUCUCAAGGAAAAGUUGAAUACCGAAAUAAUGCACUUGCUGUAGUUGAUCAAAUCUCCAUCUGGGAUUACAUUAUUCCUCAGCUGGAUCCAACUUAUCCUGAAUGGUUUCGUCCUUUCGAAAAGUACAUGAUCGACAUUGACAAAGACAUAACUUCAACCUGGAUCAAGGAGGGAAAAUGCAUUUUCUUCUAUGGAGGCAAGGACUCUGUGUGGAUCAAAGAGUUUGAAGAGAAAGCAACAAAAAUUAUUGAGGAAGCGAAAGCCGAAAUCAAGUUAGUGUGUCUGAAUAAAAUUAGCAGCAAAUUAGCAGGCCAAUUCUGGAGUACCGUUGAGAAUUUGUUCCUGAGUCUGAUUAAGAUGGAUAUUAAUAAUCAGCAGGCAAACGAGCGUGCCAUAAGGGAAGUCCGAAAACUUAUUUCUUACAGGAAUGAGAAAGGAUGGGCUAUACUAUUUAAAGGCUUGAAUGUGGUUACCUCUGGUUAUGGUACCACAAUUUCGAAGGUGUUUGAUGAUUUUGAGAAAUGGAGGGACCAAUUGACUAACGACAGCAAGUUCGAGGACAUUUUCGAAAAGUAUCAUGACAAGGUUGUUAAGGAAAAUUCUAAAGUUUGCUACCGUUUCGAAAUUGAAAAUGGAUCUGAAAAAGAAAUCCCGCACCACGCCUUGCAGUGCCCUUCCUGUUCUCGUGCCAUGCGGAGAUUCCUAAGCUUUAACUGCUGCCAUGAGGACAAUGUUGAAUAAUGUAAUAUAUAUAUAUAUAUAUAUAUUGCAGUGUGUAUUAAUUUGCUGGAAUGAAACCUAUAUAUGAUGCCCUCUGAUAUAAGAGGAAGAGUGCUCUGUGAGGUAUGAAUACUAUUGAAGUAUUUGCUACAAUAAAGUGGCGGUCCUCAUUGCUGGGUAAUGAGAGAGGUUUGCCACAAAUUAUUAUAUAUAUUAAUAUUAUUAUGUGUGUGAAAGUUUGUGGCUGAGUAUAUAGUCCUGAAACACUAUGUUCACGUUUGUGAUCUAUCACUAUCAAUAAAAAUAGUUUGCUCUUUGUGUUUA